AUGGCCCAACGGCAGCCUGCCGCAUUCGCGGUAGGCCAAGACGAUCGAAAACCUUUUCAACACUCACAUGUCCCUGCCGAACAUGCUGCUCUUAUCCAGUCCCGGGAGACGGGAGACGUGAUCCCAGACGAUGCGCUGGCGGGGAAAGUCAAGGCUUUGCCGUUUGCAAAGUCCUGGGUGCACAUGAUGGCAGGAGGUAUUGGGGGAAUGACGGCUGCGACAGUUACCGCGCCGCUCGAUGUGCUCAAAACCCGAUUGCAAUCCGACAUUUACCAGGCGCAACUCCGAGCAGCCAGAAUGGCCAAAGGGCAGGCCUUGGCGGGAUUGAACCCUGCCAGAGCUGCCCUGUAUCAUCUGACUGACACUCUGGAGAUUCUCGGCGCAGUUUAUCGCAUCGAGGGCUCCAGAGCUCUCUUCAAAGGCCUGGGACCCAAUCUGGUGGGUAUUGUGCCCGCAAGGAGCAUAAACUUCUUUGUCUACGGCAACGGCAAGCGAAUCAUCUCCGAGCACUGGAAUCGGGGCGAGGAGGCCCCCUGGGUGCAUCUCUUGGCUGGUGUGGCCGCUGGCGUAGCGACGUCGACAGCGACGAAUCCCAUCUGGAUGGUCAAGACGCGGCUGCAGCUGGACAAGAAUGUUUCCGAGCGCAGCGGGGGCGUCAUGCAGCGGCGGUACCGUAAUAGCUACGACUGCGUCCGACAAAUCGUUCGCGACGAAGGCAUUCGCGGCCUGUACAAGGGAAUGAGCGCAAGCUACCUGGGCGUGGCCGAGUCGACCUUACAGUGGAUGCUGUACGAGCAGAUGAAGGCAUCGUUGGCCAGACGGGAGGAGCGCAUCCAGCGCAGCGGGAGGAGGAAGACUUGGUGGGAUAACUCGGUGGACUGGACCGGCAAGGCUGGUGCUGCUGGCGGCGCAAAGCUAAUUGCCGCCGUUUUGGCCUAUCCCCACGAGGUUGCUCGAACCCGACUUCGACAGGCGCCCAUGGACAACGGCCGUCCCAAGUACACGGGCUUGAUCCAGUGCUUCAAACUGGUUUGGAGAGAAGAGGGCAUGAUUGGUCUGUACGGCGGUCUCACACCUCAUCUGAUGCGAACUGUUCCGAGCGCAGCCAUCAUGUUUGGCAUGUACGAGGGCAUCCUCCGACUUUUUCAUACUCCUGCGUAG